UCGUCCCACUCACACUCUCUGUCAGAGCGCGGCGUUGACAGCCACUAGCCACUGAGCAACCCACUCUGUCGGGGUUUGUGUCUCCAUGCAAGACUGUUGAAAAAAGAAGCUCUGACUCUCUCAUUUUGUUUUAUUUGCAAGGCAGGCAAAACAGCAAGCCCGUCCACGGCAAGAAAAGGCACAGAAGUGAAAAAAGCCUCUAAGUAAUUUUCUAGACUCCUCACUGUCUCACAGCUCCCUGCACAAUGUCUGGAGAGGACGCACCUGCCCAGCAGCAAAACGACGUGGACCAGAAGCAGGAGACCAAACCCGCCGAGGAGCCCAAAACCGAGCCGCCCAAGACGGAGUCUCCACCCGCCGGCGCCGCCGAGGCCGCGGCGACCCCCGAGAAGGUCCCCGAAGAGGAGACGUUCACCUACCGCGCCCUGGUGCUCACCGGCUACGGGGGCUAUGAUAAAGUCAAGCUGCAGGUGAAGAAGGGCAAGCCUGCGCUCAAGGCUGGCGAGGUCCUGGUCCGGGUAAAGGCUUGCGGGCUCAACUUCGCAGACUUGAUGGCUCGACAGGGGCUGUACGACCGGCUGCCGUCCCCGCCGGUAACCCCAGGAAUGGAGUGCUCCGGGGUGGUGGAGGCUGUAGGGGAAGAAGUGACGGACAGAAAAGUUGGUGAUAAGGUGAUGGUGCUGAACCGCUUUGGGCUGUGGCAGGAGGUGGCUGUGGUGCCAGCAAGCCACACCUUCCUCAUCCCAGAGGGCAUGAGCUUUGAGGAGGCAGCAGCCCUCCCUGUGAAUUACAUCACUGCCUAUAUGAUGCUGUUUGACUUCGGCAACCUGCGACCCAACCAGAGCGUCCUCGUUCAUGCUGCUGCAGGUGGUGUGGGCAUUGCUGCCACUCAACUGUGCAAGACAGUGAAGGAUGUGACUGUGUUCGGCACGGCAUCAGCCAGCAAGCACGAGACUAUCAGCGAGGGCGGAGUCACACAUCCCAUCGACUAUCGCACCAAGGACUAUGUGGAGGAAGUUCGCAAGAUCAGUCCGAAAGGGCUGGACAUAAUAUUGGACUCUCUUGGAGGAUCAGACACCCAUAAGGCCUACAACCUGCUGAAGCCUAUGGGCAAACUUAUCACCUAUGGUUCUGCUAACAUGCUGGCGGGCCAGAAGAAGAACCUGCUCGCUGUGGCUAAGAACUGGUACCAUCAGUUCUCCAUCCACACACUCAGCCUGAUCCAGGGCAACAAGUCAGUGUGCGGCUUUCACCUGGGCUACCUGGAUGGGGAGAUGGAGCUCAUCAGCCAGGCUAUGAACUCCAUUCUGAGUCUCUAUAAGGAGGGCAAGAUCAAGCCCCGCAUCGACUCCACUUGGCACCUCGAGCAGGUGGGCGAUGCCAUGAGAAAGAUGCAGGAGAGGAACAACAUUGGCAAAGUGAUCCUCACCACAGAGCCAAUGCCUGAGGAGGAGAAGAAGGAGGAGCCCAAGAAGGAGGACAAGAAAGAGGACAAGAAGAAGGAUGACAAGAAGAAGGAUGACAAGAAGAAGGACGAUGGCAAGAAGGAGGAGAAGAAGGAUGACAAGAAGAAAGAGGAGCCCAAGAAGGAGGAGAAGAAGGAGGAGGAGAAGAAGGAAGAGGUCAAGAAGGAAGAAAAGUGAGAGGGAGGGAUGGAUAGUCGAGCAGAGCACCAGGGAGUUUGUAUCCUUGGAGCAGGGGUUGUGGUGUGGGAUGGAGGGGUAGGGUGGGGUGGGGGGAAGGAUGGAGAUGGAUGGGGAGGGAUGGUGGGGUUGGAGGGUAGGCAAGAUUGGAAGGUGUUAGAAGGGUACAUUACAAAAUUAUCACACCGCUGUUGAUCUUUCAUCUCUUCCACCUCCCCCCAGCCUCGCCCUCUUUAGUCCUCAAUGGCAGUCAUUACUCAGGCCUGGCUCCACCCACCUCCCCUCCCAUCUCAUCCCAUUUUCUUGCCUUUAACUCUAAAAGAAAAAUUCCAAUCACUUGUAACACCUCGUAAGCUCCCGACUUAUCCCUCUGCGUUAUGAGAUUGAGAAAACAAAAGUCACAACACGGGAAAGAUUUUUCCUAUUGGGAAUGACAGAAACAAGAGAGCCGUGGAGGAUUGUGGGUAUGGUCCAGGCCUGGGGCAAAUUACUGUUUCCUUGACAACCGCAACCCCCGCUCGCACUCCGGCCCCUCCCUCGACCCCAAUGCCCCCCUGCACCUCAACUCCCACUGUGCUAAAUUGUUCUGCUCUGACUUCCACCUGCCACCUCCUCUUCCCCCUCACUGUGCUGAGUCCCCUCCCACCUCCCACACCACCACCACCCCAACCACAUCCACGGGCCGGACCCACAGACAGGCACAAAGACAAGCAGAUAAACAGAGAACCACACCCACCCACACGUUGCUCUCUUAGUGUCCAACGCUUAGUUAUGUCACUGUGGAUGAGUCAUAGAUGCCUGUGAUUGGCUAAUGCACCCUACCUCCCCAGGAGAUAUUUGCAUCAUGGUUGUGAUCAUGAUGUUUGACUUCUCGACUGUGCUAAUUGUACAAGGCCUAACAUUGGUUAUCAUUUAAUAUGUCCUUAGCUUGGAUAUAGCUUAUAUCAGUCUUCAUCAGUGGCGAGUGAAACUGCUCCAUAAUGCUUGCAUUCCCACCAAGUAAAGUUAAUAUAGUGACUGCAGUUUUGCACUUGCCUGAAUAUGAAUUUCCCUCAUAAUGAGCCUUUCUGUGCGGUGUUGAAUAGGGAGGCAGAAAUCAUUGCUCAGCUUCCCUCUCCUUAGUUACAGAUUUUUCUAGCUGACCAACUGUUGGCAAGAAGUGCGCAGUGCCAAUUAAGAGAGAAUUUGUUUCUGUUCAAACAAGCCACAAAUACGCACACAUGCACACACAAACAUACACACUCUGAAUGUGAUGAAAGAGGCACUGUCAUGCUGAGACAGUGAAGCAUCUGAAAUGAGCAAGUUAAGAAGGUGAAUACCAGUCCUUUUUCCUCUGGAUCAGGCUUUUCUUCCUCUCUGAUCCUCCUCGAGGCAUUCCAUGGCAUUCUGCUCCUUUCACAGCGACCGCUGGCCUGUCGAUCACCCUGACCUGAGAAAGGAGAAUUCAGUUCAAGCUGGCGUCCAUACAUACCUCCCCUCUCUUCCUCUCUCUCUCUCUCUCUCUCUCUCUCUCUCUCUCUCUCUCUCUCACUCACUCCCUCCUCUUUCCAUUUCCCUCUCUAUGGUCGGCAUAGCAACAGGCGUCAGGCUCGUCAGAGAUGGCACUGUGGUCUGUUUCUCUGAAUCCCUCUCGCUGUGUCUCUCGUUUCUGCCUCCCUAACUCCAUAUUUGCCAAAGAGUCGGUUACUGAUGACCAGUAUUUCACCAGGUGUAAAAUGUAGUAAGGAUUUCAGAUGAUAAAAUGAGGAGUUGGAGCACUUCUCAAUGUUUUUAGUAUUGCACUACCAAAUGGUGUGUUCAAACCAGUCUGAAAUUCUAAUCAAGUAAUGACAAUGUGUGCAAUUAGCAGUAUGUUGGCUAAAAAAGCGCACCACUCCCCCUAAUGGCCAGUAUGAAUUUUGCCUCACUGGUGAAAUGCCAUUAAGAAAUAAUCCUUUUUAUCCCAUCUCAAAUCCCACUGGGUGGACUCUAAAUCUUUCAUGUAGGAGGAUAUCAACUUUAAACCUUACAUUUAACAUGACAUUUAUCUACCUGCCCGCCUACCUGCCUGCCUGUCUGUGAGCCCGGCAUCAGUGUUGAGACUCAGAUGGUGACUAGUGACUUUGUAAAAAACAAAAACAAAAUGUUUGAAAAAAAAUAAAAGACAAACAGUUGUUGUGUUAGCAUGAGUGGCCUCCCUCAUGUGCUGUGUGUGGUGUGCCAUUGUGUGUGAAGAUGUGCGUGUCCUCAGGUCGUUUUAAAAGCACCCACCCUACACCCCUGCCACAUUUCCCCCUCACACUACUCUGCUACAUAUUAUGUAGCUCCAAACCCCCCUUCUUACUCUAUCUCUCCCUCCUGUCUGAUAAGAGGCCUGUGUUAUGAGGACAGUUGGUAUUAGUAUUUUGCACUCUGCUCGCUGAUCUUAAUGCACUUACGAGCAUGACAGUCGCACUCCAGUCCCACGCAGGCUUUGAUUCUGCUCCAGGUUUACAGCCUGUUUCCCAUCAUCCACUCCCAGUGUAUCUGCUGAAGCUCACUGAAAGCACAGGUGGCACACACACAUAGAAACACACACACACUCAUCUAAAGGUCCCCCUCAUUUUCAGCUUGCCAGUCCCUGCCUGGGCCAACUUCUCCUGGGUGGCAGCUAAAAUCAAAGCAUUCAUCCAUCCUUGACUGUGGGAAGUAAAAUGUGGAGCAGGGCAGAGUGAACUGGGCUGGAGUGCGACCGCCAUGCUGGUGUGGGGAGUGACUGUGUCCUGUCAGCCUCUGGUUAGUGUUCUGUUCUAAUCUGCUGGGCUCCCUUUGUGAACCUGUGGAAGGUGCUUCUGUUCUGAGUGCCAUGUGAGAAACAAACGCUUCAGUAAAAUUUAAAAAAAGGAUGUUUUACUUAAUAUGUUAUUUUAAUUUACCUUUAUAUUUCCGUUUGUUUGUUUGUUUUGUUAUCCAAGGGUUUAAAGUUCAAAGCUCAUACUCUUUAUGUGGGGACCUGCCAACCUGCAAUCCUUUUAAAUGUGAUAAAGUUUUUCUGUUGGUCCAAACCAUGUGUGCCAAAUUGUAUGUAUAUUCCUCUGUCAAUGCUUUGAAUAUUAACAGUGCAUAAAAAAUAUAAAGAAAAAUUCCGUUUUUGGAUGCAUUUCCAUCAAUGCUGAAAAUGCAAAAGAGGCGUCAUAGUGUGACAGAUUUCUAUCCCAAAUGCUCAUGGGUGCUGACAGAAUUUUUGCUGCAGUUUACAAAAGGUUUAACACAGUUUGUAGUUUUUGAUUGGUUGCAGUCUUGCUCAAGCGUAGGCCUGCACUGCGCCUCUCUCCUUGCACAGCUUACCUCAAUCUGAGGCACCACCCUCCGUAUUUCUAUCCUUUUCACUGUGUUUUACCAGCUCUCAUAUCAUGUCUACCACAACAAGUUGAUUCCUCCUAAGUGUUUACAAUCAUAAUAUUAGUAUCACAGUGAAAAGGAACUGAACAUGGUGCAUUGAAGGUUCAAAACUCGACCAAAAGACAUUAAGAUUCACAGAAAUCUGCAAAAUCCCUCCAGAUCCAAACCUCCGUGGUAUUCUUCUCUAUGGAUUUCUAUUCCUUUCAGUUUGUUUCAGAAUGGCUUGUAGCAAGUGAGAGAGCAGAUGUUUUCACACAGCUGUGCAGGGAUGCCAAUACUGUAACACAGCUGCACAAAACCCUAGCGUAUUGGCUGAUCAUAGCUCAGCCCUGGCCUACCCCAGACACAACAUUUCCGCUUUACAGCUGAUCUCAGUUCACUCAAGGAUUAUUAGAGACGUUCUUCUUUUCCUGUGCUGCAUCCGCAGAGCAUCUUGGCCGGUGCAAGAGUCGCAGUGCAGCAGCAGCCAGCCAAAACUCCUCUCCAUAUCACCCCUUUCUCUUUCCAUACACAUUCAUAGCAAAUAAAACAUUACUUUGACAUCUGGAAUUUGAAAUUGCAUGCAUUCUUCGGCAUGUGGAAAACACAUUAGAAACAUUUUCCCCUUGGUUCUUUUGAGCUAAGAUGCCUUUGAGAUGAACUCAAUCAGUUGGGCGGGUGGCCUGCUGCCUGAGAGCACUUCCACCAUGGUGAAGCUGCAGUGUAUGUCAUCUUGAAAUAGUUUCCCAGUCAUUCCAGACACUUAUGCAAGAGUACUUAGCAACUCAGAGAUGCACAGGAGAAAAACAGUGUUUCAACGUAAAAAUAAAAGAAAAUUUUCUGAACAUUUGCCGUUUUAGAUUUGAUAUUACUAAUAAACACUCAUAGUUUUGGGUUUGAAACAUGCACUAAGACAAUGAGUGUAGUAGUUCCAAUAGCUAUUCCAUCUAUCUUGUCUUAUAUGGCUGAAGUCCCUCAAAAGCAUCCACAAUUUGAGGUGAAUUUCCUUUCUGUUUUAUAUAGUUUCUCAGGUCAUUCCAAACUGCAGUUUUUUUCUUCAUGUAAGAAACCACUUCAUUCUGUUUCAAUGAGUACACUGCACAAACUGUCACACAAAUUAUCCUUCACACCAUCCAUGUUUGUUGUAAGCUUUAGUAUUCUGAAUCAAAAACUAGGGGCUCUGUCAGUGGGUUAUUUCCAUAUUGAGAGCCACUGUGUUCACUCAUCCACACUGAGAACCCAAACAACCACAUCUGCCUGCAGCUAUUGUUUUUUUAGCAGUAAUUUUUAAGGUAUUGCAAUGCAGCAACAUCACAGCAACAUUGCAGAGAUGCUACGAAAGUACAACCUGGCUGGGCUUGUCAUGUACAGUACUAGGAUGCAUGUUUAGUCAACCAGAAAAUAAGGCAUGUGUUUAUGUACAGCUCACCGUCUCUUUCCACAAUAGUUUAGUAGUCAUGUAGUGGUGUGGUGUGAGGGAGGAGAAUGCCCUUCCAGUAGUGUCAAGUUGCCAACUGAAGCCAAUCCACUGCCCCCUGUGCCACCUGACUCCCUGUCCUCACAUUCAGCAUGGACACUGUCAUGGCCAGCUGGUACAUUCAUGAUACACCUUAACCUUUCUCUGGGAAUGCUUCAGAAACUCUCUUCACAUCCAUCAUACUACGUACCUCCUGUUAGAGUUCAGUCACCACUGGUCAUUUUCUACAAGGCAUACCCAACAGGUUGAUUUCUAAGCUAGUUCUCCUCUACUCUGUACUUCUGUGUAUUGUUUUUUUUUCCUGGUUGCAAACACUCUUCUAGUCUCGACUUUGUUUUUUAAACCCUUUGAAUUGAUGCUGCUUCUGUGCUUGACUCUGGGUUUACUGCGUGGUGCCAUGUUGUCCACAUGGCCUCUAGAGCUUGUAACGCUUCAGUGUGUAAUGUUACCAUAUGCCUUACAUGUUUUCCAGGACUAAUAAAAAAAGCAUAACAAAAUGUCA